AUGAGGCCCAACUAUCUCGUUGCCAUCAUUGCCCUUCUCCCAAACACUCUUGCCCACUACAGGUUCCAGACAAUUCUCACAUCCCCUGCCACACCUGCCUAUAGGUUCAUCCGCCUCAAUACCAAUGAGCGUAACCCAGUGUCUUCGCUCUCAACCCCGGACAUCCGCUGCAACACCGGCACCCUCGCUUCAGGCCCUUCUACUCGUAUUCUCCCCAUUCGCGCCGGCACCGCGCUGAUCGUUGGGCUCGACCAAGAAAUCUACCAUGCCGGCCCUCUCAAUGCCUAUCUCUCCGCCGCACCUACUGGUACCAACUUGACCGCAUACGACGGCAGCGGCGACUGGUUCAAGAUUGCAUCUUUAGGUCCUGACUGCGAUGGCGUGAAUGCGUGUGACUGGGCGCCGACGCGGAUAGCAAAUUGGACGGUCACAGUGCCAUCGAAGACACCGCCGGGGUUCUAUUUAUUGCGCGUAGAGCAGAUUGCGCUGCAUAAUGCGGGACAGCAAGGGGGGGUAGAGUUCUAUCUUAGCUGUGUGCAGGUUCAGGUCGAGGGAACUGGGGACGGGAAACCGGGCCCAAUGGUGAAGUUUCCGGGGGCGUACAAGGCAGAUGAUAAGGCGAUUCAGCUGGAUAUAUACUAUCCAAUCUUGAUGAAUUACACGGCACCAGGACCGUCUAUCUGGAAAGGAGUCUGA